UCGUCCCCUCGUUUUCACUAUACUUUCUGCCUAUACCAGUCCCAUCUCUGCCACCCAGGGGGGCCUAUGAUAUCUACAGGUUCUGGUAUCACUCCUCUUAUUGAUGGCCGAAGCACUCGCUGUCAUCGGACUCGUGUCCGCCAUCGUCCAGUUUGUCGACUUCGGCACUAGGGUGCUCAACCAACUCCACAAAUUACAAGAUGAGGUCUCCAACGGACCGCAAGCUUAUCAGGAUAUCCGCACUCGCCUACCACUAAUGCUAGAUCUCGUGAAAAAGGUCCGUCUGCAGAUCGAAGCGGGAGAAGUAGACGAAACCUCGCAGGCCGUGAUGCUACCAGUUCUGCGAAGCUGUCUCUCUCAUGUUCAACAACUCGAAGAACUCUUCGUCAAGGCACUACCCCGAAGUGCCGAUUCCUCGUGGAGCCGCGGCAAAAGGGCCUUUAUUGGGGUGAUCAAAGAAUCCGAGGUGGAGAGGAUUGACCAAGUGCUCAAAACGAAUUUCGAUCUCCUCGUACACUCCGGAAUGUACAACUCCAUGAGCCGUAUCGAAAAGCAAGAUACCGGUGGGCUGCAUCAGCAGAUGGUUAAUGUUGUCAUUUCACCACCGCCGGCGUACACGUCGGGGCCGGCAGAGUAUGAUUAUAAACCGCGAUCGGGCUCCGUCUGGUCUCAACUACCUCCAGCGCCUGUGUUUAUGGUUCCGUUCCAACGAGAUCCCAAGUUUCUAGAGCGUCAGUCCAUUAUGGAGAAUAUAAAAUCUAAAUUCGAGAAGUCGCGUCGAGUCGCACUUGCAGGACUGGGUGGUGUUGGCAAAUCGCAAAUCGCCAUCGAAUACUGUUAUCGAUUCCGAGAAGAACAUCCCGACGCGCACGUUUUCUGGAUCUACGCUGGCAGCCCGGUCAGAUUCGAACAAGGCUACCAAGAAAUCGCAAGGAGGCUCGCGCUUCCAGGAUGGGACAGUCCCAAAGUCGACAUCCUGGAUCUGGUCUACGAGUGGCUCAGUGACGAGCGGAACGGUGAAUGGCUUAUGAUCGUGGACAAUGCAGACGACGCCACAGUCUUCUUUGGCAACAAGCUCUCCAGUAACGCGCAAGACAGAAAGAACUCGAAACCGUUGGUGCGCUAUCUCCCGCAGAGUUCCACGGGAUAUAUCUUUUUCACCACGAGAGAUAAGCGGGCUGGUGAACGGCUGUCGGGGCGAGAGAAACCGAUCGAAAUUCUGCCCAUGAAUGCGACGGAUUCACUAACUCUCUUACGGGGGAGAAUUCCUGAAGAUGAAUGGUCAGACGGCGAUGCUAUUAAACUCGUCGAAGAACUCGCCUAUUUACCACUGGCCAUUACGCAGGCUGCCGCUUUCAUCAGCGAGAAUUGUUUGACCGUCUCCGAGUACCUCGAAUUGUUAGCUACAGGGGAAGAAGAUCUCAAGGAUCUCUUGAGUGAAGACCUCGAAGAUUUGCGCCGAGACUUGGAUACGGAGAAUUCGGUGAUCCGAACCUGGAAGCUAUCGUUUGACCAGAUUUCCCGAGAGAAAGCACGCGCGGCACAGAUCCUCUCUCUAAUGGCGGUGUUGGAUCACCACCGAGCCCCGCGGAUGCUUCUUCGAAAAGAAGGAGAGACGGAGGUCGGGUUCCGGACGGCUCUAGGUGCUCUACAAGCCUUUUCCUUGAUCAGUGCGGAAAAGGAUAAAGAUGCCGCCGUGAGAAUGCACAGACUCGUAGCGCUCUCUACGAAAAAGUGGCUAGAACUCACGGGAAUGCUACGGCAUUGGCAGGCGGAAGCACUGAGAGUGCUUUCCGUCAAGUUUCCCGGGCGAGACAGCUAUCUUUACGAGAAUUGGCCGGUUCUGGAGGCUUUGACGCCGCAUGCGCAAUUAGUAUUCUCCUACACCUUCUCCACAGCAGCGGAUUUGCUUGAGUGUGCCAAGCUCUUGGAUUUCGCUGCUCUAUAUGAUCUGACGAAUGGAAAAUACGCGGAGGCAUAUGAGAAAUGUCUCAAAUCAUUGGAUAUUCGGGAGAAUCUGCUGCCGGCCGAUCAUCCCCUUACACUGGAUAGUGCGCAAACACUUGGCGAGACGCUACUUCAUCUGGGAGAACUCACAUCCGCAAGAUCGAUGCUUCAGAAAGCCGUUGCCGGGCGAGAAAAAACUCUCGGCGAUCUCCAUCCCGAUACUUUGGAGAGUGUGAGUGAUUUGACGAUUACCCUGCUCGAGCUGAACGAGCUUGCGGCCGCGGAAGAGACCGCACUACGAGCUCUCAAAGGCAGAGAGGAAAUUCUGGGAGAAGACCAUCCAGACACGUUUGUCAGUCUCAACAUUCUCUCCAUGCUACGACAAUGCCAAGGAGACCUAGACAGCGCCAAAGAAACAUGUGAAAAAGUUCUGCACUGGCGACAAACCUCGCUUGGUCCAGAGAACCCUCAUACAAUCAUGACACUGAAUAACCUAGCAGUCCUCCAAUACCGACGAGGUGAGCAUGAUCUAGCAAAACAAACACUGAAAACCGUACUAGCCGGUGAAGAAAGGUUUCUCGGAGCGGAGGAGGGCUACGACAUCCAAGUUAGUCUCAGCAAUCUGGCUCGUAUAUAUAGCGAUCAGGGCGAGUUGGAUGAAGCGGAAGCCGCGUAUCGGAGGGCGCUGAAGAUGCAAGAAAAGCUGUUCGGGCCAACCCAUCCGGCGACGUUGCAUACAGUGAAAAGAUUGGCGGAUGUGCUUAUACAGAAAGGGAAACUUGAUGAAAUUGAAAGGAUGAGGCAAUGGGGCCAUGGAGAGGAAAGUAAACCGGGAUCUGAAGAGUUUGGAGCGCUUUCGAUGGCGGGUCUUUUGUUUGAUUGAGGGAGAUGUUCGAUUCUGGUGGAAGCUAUCUCUAAGAUGGAAGAGUGUACUCCAGUACAUGCUGGCAUGUGCUAUGAAUUGAAGGAGUUGGCUCUGUUCUCUGCGAGAUUCGGUUUGUGUAUAGGUUGCACUCGAUACUGUUCAUGUACUCGGGCAUCACGCUUUCUAAGGGCAUUGAUGACAAGAGGAAUCAAAAGGAUGAUCCAAAUGGAGCAAAGGAAAACGAGGCAAGAUAUGCCGACAAGGUGUCAAACAAGGAGGGAUUUGCGUCUGCUUCUGUCAACUUGAAAUAUUUGAUUUGCGUGAAACGGAGCCGGCUCACCGAGUCGCAGAACAGCCGUCUAUCCAGACAUACGAAUUGCUGAAGAAGCUACCACUAGUAAUCAGCACAUCGACAGAAUCCAAC